GGGAGGGGCGGAGGGCGGGUUGAGGGGAGCUCGCCGCAGCCGCCGCCGCUGCCCCGCUGCUGCCCUGCGCUGAGCUCCGGCUGUUCUGUGGAUGGCGGUGUCCCGCUGAGCCCCGGGACUCGCCUCCCUCCGCCAGGAUCAGCACAGGUGGUGGUUCCAAUUUAAAAACAUCUAACUGGAUAAGUAAUCACACGGACAGGAGAGAAAAGUUGGGUUGUCUUUCUGUGUUACGAGGAAGGAACUUUUGUGUGUAGAGAAGGACGUGAUAGAUAAUGAUGCUGGUGCUGCCUGAACUUGAAAACGAGAAACUGUAUGUGGCGUGAGAAGAUAAUUUUUCAAUAAACGAAUCCUGAAAGUUGCAGCUGUGCAAGAAUGGAGGCCCCACUGGUGAGUUUGGAUGAAGAGUUUGAGGACCUUCGGCCCUCCUGCUUGGAGGAACAUGAGGAGAAGCCACGGUGUUUCUAUGGCUCAUCUCCCCACCAACUAGAGGACCCCUCCCUCUCUGAGCUUGAGAAUUUUUCUUCUGAAAUAAUCAGCUUCAAGUCCAUGGAGGACCUCGUGAAUGAAUUUGAUGAGAAGCUCAAUGUCUGCUUUCGGAACUACAACGCCAAGACCGAGAACCUUGCUCCUGUGAAGAACCAGUUCCAGAUCCAAGAGGAGGAAGAGACCCUGCAAGACGAAGAGGUUUGGGAUGCUCUGACAGACAAUUACAUCCCUUCACUCUCAGAAGACUGGAGGGACCCAAACAUCGAGGCUCUGAAUGGCAACAGCUCUGACACCGAGAUCCAUGAGAAAGAAGAGGAAGAAUUCAAUGAGAAGAGUGAACAUGACUCUGGUAUCAAUGAGGAGCCUCUACUCACAGCAGAUCAGGUAAUUGAGGAGAUUGAGGAAAUGAUGCAGAACUCCCCAGACCCUGAGGAAGAAGAAGAGGUUCUGGAAGAGGAGGAAGGGGGUGAAACCUCCUCCCAGGCGGACUCGGUCCUCCUGCAGGAGAUGCAGGCCUUGACCCAGACCUUCAACAACAACUGGUCCUAUGAAGGACUGAGGCACAUGUCUGGGUCUGAGCUGACGGAGCUGCUGGACCAGGUGGAGGGUGCCAUUCGAGACUUCUCAGAGGAGCUGGUGCAACAGCUGGCCCGCAGGGACGAGCUGGAAUUUGAGAAGGAAGUGAAGAACUCCUUCAUCACAGUGCUUAUCGAGGUUCAGAACAAGCAGAAGGAGCAGCGAGAACUGAUGAAAAAGAGGCGGAAAGAGAAAGGGCUGAGCCUGCAGAGCAGCCGCAUAGAGAAGGGGAACCAGAUGCCUCUCAAGCGCUUCAGCAUGGAAGGCAUCUCCAACAUCCUGCAGAGCGGCAUCCGCCAGACUUUCGGCUCCUCAGGACCCGACAAACAGUAUCUGAACACAGUCAUCCCCUACGAGAAGAAAGCCUCCCCUCCAUCAGUGGAAGACCUCCAGAUGCUGACAAACAUUCUCUUUGCCAUGAAGGAGGAUAAUGAGAAGGUGCCCACUUUGCUAACGGACUACAUUUUAAAAGUGCUCUGUCCCACCUAACCUUGCCCUUGGGAGCAGCCUUGCAGCGGAGGUCACUGAGCAAGAGUCAUUCCAUCACAGGGACUGCAUGACACCACGUAACCUCCGAUGUGUAUUUACACGUGUAGAGUUUAACCUGGAUUAAACACGAGCAAACGCGCGGGUUCUUUGCUGUUGGCUUCUAGUCCUAGUAAUCAUUGGAUGCAUGAUGAGGGGCAGGGCUGGGGACACUGCCUCCUCUCCGCCUAUGUCGGAGGAAGGCAGACGCUCUCACCACUCAUUCUGUAGUCUGGCUCCACCCUCAAAAACAGCUUAUACUCUAAGACUAAUUUUGAAAUAAACCUUCAUUUAAUUAAUA